AGCGGGAGCUUCCGCAUGCGGAUGCACUUAAAACCGUUUUAACCCGUGUGGUGAAUCUUUCCCUGCUUCCGGUUAACAACCCGCUUUGAAGAAGAAACACUCGAGCUAGUGAAUUCAGGACAGGGGGUAGCGGACACCGCGCUUUUGGGGUUUUUUUGACCGUUGCCUGGGCAUUUUAUCGGACCUCUGGGAAACCCAGCGGCUGACCCCGAGCCGAUCCCGCCCGCUCUCCUUUGUUGGGCGCGUCUUUCUGGAGGGGGCGCUGCCUUGACCCUGCUCCCGCAUGUUUGGCCUCUUCCCGGUUUGGGAGGCCGUGGCAGGGAAGCGGAUGGCGCUGCCCUCGGUUCAUAGAUGCGUCCAACUCAAUCAAGAAAAUCAGCUGCUCCUUAAGAAGCUGAGGCAUGUACGCCUAAAAAACAAGCAGCUGGAAAAUGAUGUAGUGCAGCUGCAUGAUAAACUACAUGAGCAAAAGAAGUGCUUGCCUACCUGUGUCACAAGGAAAGAUGUGCAGAUUCAAACAGAAUUUCAGUUAUACCAUAAAGGUGAUGGGGUUCAUCACAAGGAGCAUGAUGUAGUAAAGGAACAUGCCAGAGUGCUUCAGAUGUAUAAUGAACUGAAGAAAAGGUACAAUAAAGAAGUCAAAACAAAUCAAAGACAAAAUGAAACAGUUGCAAUGCUGUCUGGUAAAAUUAAUGAUCUGGAACAUCAACUUCAUUUAGCAAACCAAAAGAUAAAUGCCUUGGAAUAUAAAAAAAAGGACAAAUUUGUUCCAAUUCAGAGAAGAAUGUCAUCUGACAAAUGUAUGUGCAAAAAGAAGGGAAGCUGUUCCUGCAAAUAUUUAGGUAAUACUUUUUUUCUCAUAUGUCUGCUUCAUUGGCUCUUGAUCUUGUGUUACCUUUUGAUAUAUUGUCAUCUAUGACUAAAUGAAAAUUAGAAUUUUCUAUGUUUAUCCUGGGCAUAAUCCCAGAGUCCCAGAAACAGACUGAUGCUUUCUCAGUUUAGAUUGUUGGGGUUGGGUGAGCAGGAAGUGAUUCAAGAACCUUCCCAAUUAUGUUCUCUGUUGCUAAGGGGGAGAGGGAUUUAUACCAGCUCACGGUGAUAAGAGGGAAAAAACAAGCAAAGAUUACAUAUAUUUUAUUUAAAAGAAAAAAAGGAAAUGGAAAUCUUUUAGUUUUGUUCAUGAGUUGGUAGCUACAGCAUGUGAGCCUUAGUCUGCAUGCACAUGUACUGUAGUCAUAUUUCACAAAACCUUCACCUCUACACAUUGCACAGUGAGAGAUGUAAUAUAUAUUCAUAGAAAGUAAGGUGCAAGGCAGCAGGAUCCACAGGAUUUAAGGAGCCGCACCUGAUUUCUUGAUAGUCCAUGUGUAGCUCCUCAGCCAAAGAUAUUAUCUUAGUGUCUAUAAAUUGAAAUCCAGUAACUUGAAUACAAGAUUGCUCUUGCAUUGAAAAUGCAUGUAAUUAACCCCCUCCCACUCCAAAUAGACUUAGCAGUUAAAAACACUUAGUAUUAAGAUGCAAACAUAGCUUAAUGAAGUGGUACCAUAAUUAUAUUUUGUGUAGUCUCCUUUAUUUAGAGCAGAGGUGGGGAACUAUGGCCCUAUUAUGACUUGUGGACUUCAACUCCCAGAAUUCCUGAGCCAGAAGCAAGUCAUAAAAGCGCCAUAUUUCCCCAUUCCUAAUUUAGAAACUUAAAUUUAGAAUGAUAUGAAUGCUUACUAUUGUUAAGGAAAGUUGAUGGUAUGUACUGUUUAUUUUCAGCCUAGGACCAGGAAAUAGACCAUUAUUUCUCAUAAAGUUUAUUUCUGUCAGUGUAACCUAUAUUAUAAUGAGAGUAGAUAGAGGAGAUGUGUAUCUCUAGAGAAGUAUUAUUCUUAUCGCCUUAUAGAAAGUGCUGUCAAUAAAUUAAUCAUAUGCAAUUCUGAAUAUAUUUUUAAAUUAUAAUCUGGUACAUAUCCUCUGAGCUAAUUUGAGUAUAUUAUAAGUGCUGUCGCUGAACGACAUCAUUUUUCCCCGUAUUUUAUCUGUACUACUUCUCUGGCCCCUGCAUUAUAUAAACUGGUCUUUGCUGCUGUAGGGAAUCCCUUGCCCUAUACAGCCAAAAUAUUUUUCUUUGUUUGGACCAGAAACCCAUAAAACAAGUAGAGGGACUAAGACAGGACUAGAACUCCCAGUGUCUUGGUUUAUAGUGUGGUUGCUUAACCACACCAUUAAACUUC